AUGUGCAAAAUGAAAGUUAUUGAAGCGAAAAUUGUAGUUUUAGGAUCACAAGGUGUAGGUAAGACCAGCCUAGUGGUCCGAUACAUAGGCAAGAUGUUCUCCAAGCACAUAUCGCCCACCAUCGGAGCCUCAUUCUUCACGUGCAAUAUUAACCUGGAGAAUGCCAGGGUUAAAUUACAGGUAUGGGAUACAGCUGGCCAAGAAAGGUUCAGAUCCAUGGCGCCCAUGUACUAUAGGAAUGCUAACGCAGCACUACUAGUUUUUGAUAUAACUAGUGUUAAUAGUUUUGCAGCUAUCAAAGGAUGGGUUAAAGAGUUACAGAGUAAUGUUCCUGAAGCUAUGGUCUUAUCAGUGGUUGGCAAUAAGAGUGACCUUGAAGAUCUAAGAGCUGUACAGUCAAGCGAGGCAGCGCAGUUUGCAGCCUCUAUAGGCGCGCAGUACUGUGAGACGUCGGCUUUACAUGAUCAGCAGGGAAUCGACCAAGUGUUUCUGAAUACGGCGGCGGCCCUGCUGAAACUGUCUAACUCCAACCUGGUGUCUUCACUGAGAUCCUACGACUCCGCUGAUGUAGACCCUGAUAAAAUACCUACAGGUACCCCAACAGAAGAAGACGCGACUCACACAGGCAAGGUGGAGCUCCCAGCGUGGAGUAUAGACAGCAUCGCACACGGAGACGUUCAGAAGAACAUGUGCUGCUGA